GCAGGGUUGUUUGUGCAACCUCGGCGGAGGCAGUGACCCACAGUGAUUCGGCCGCCGCGCCGGGGGGUGGGGGGGCUGCGCGGGACUCUUUUUUUUCUGACUGACCGCGGGGCAGCUGGGGAGUAUGUCGACCCCGGCCCGGAGGAGACUUAUGCGGGAUUUCAAGCGAUUGCAAGAGGACCCACCUGUGGGUGUCAGUGGCGCACCAUCUGAAAACAACAUCAUGCAGUGGAAUGCAGUUAUAUUUGGCCCAGAAGGGACACCCUUUGAAGAUGGUACUUUUAAACUAGUAAUAGAAUUUUCUGAAGAAUAUCCAAAUAAACCGCCAACUGUUAGGUUUUUAUCCAAAAUGUUUCAUCCAAACGUGUAUGCUGAUGGUAGCAUAUGUUUAGAUAUCCUUCAGAAUAGAUGGAGUCCAACAUACGAUGUAUCUUCUAUCUUAACAUCAAUUCAGUCUCUGCUGGAUGAACCAAAUCCAAAUAGUCCAGCCAAUAGCCAGGCAGCACAGCUUUAUCAGGAAAACAAACGAGAAUAUGAGAAAAGAGUUUCGGCCAUUGUUGAACAAAGUUGGAAUGAUUCAUAAUAGACAACUGGUCUGUUAAUCUUUUUCAUCAUUGUUGUGUAUAAUUUACCUCUCAGUAGAAAGGCUAACGAAUUUUAAGUGCCACAGGUUUUAAGGAUUCUGCAGAAAAAAAAAAAGUCCUUCGGUUUAGAACCUACAAAAGCUUGUGUAUCUUGAUUAAUGUACUUUUUAUUGCAUGGUGUGAACUAAGUUAUUGCUUACAUAAAUUUGUAAUAUAUCCUGUUUGUAUUUUUUUCCAAGUGUAUAAUGUUGGUGUGGAGUUUUCAUGACAGAAUAUACACAUUUUGUAAAUCUGUACUUUUUUCAAAUAUUGAAUGCCUUAUUUUUGAAUUCUUUAGAUUUUUAAAUUGGAGAAAAGCACUUAAAGUUUUUUAUAUAUGAAUAUUACAUGUAAAGCUGUUAAAAUACAUAACUUCAGUGCAAGAGACUUUGUCACUUAUUUCCUUAUCUGAGUAGGAGGGGUUAAUAAGUCUCUAGCUCUCCAUCAAUUGAUAGUUUCAUUUCUAAUUUCAAAAGAAGAGAUUUAUAUUUUAUCAAGAAAUUCUUCAAACUUGAUUCUAAACACCAAUUAUAAUCUCACUUUAUUUUGAAUGUACCUAUAUUAGUUUCAGUUGAGCAAUUACAGACAUAAUUGGUUUGAUUCUGUCCAACUCUGUAUUUAGGCCACUUGUUACUGUUUCUUCAUGCAUUACUUACUGUUAAACUCUACCUUUUGGGAUUUCACAAUUUGCACCUCUACCAUGAAGAGAGAGCUGAUGCAAGUUAUUUUGCUGCUUGAUAGCACUUUAAAAGAUUUUUGAUCAUGAAAAAAGUAAACCGUCAACAUUUACCAAAAACUCAUGCCCCACUAUUAACAAUAAAUAACAACUUGUUGCAUUGGUUUGAACAAGGCAGAUAUUUGGAAGGAAUCUUGGUGUAAUUUAAAUAUUUGAAAACUGCCUUUUAAUGCAGUUGCCUAUCUUUUUAUUCUGGAAAAAUGUUUCAACACCAGGGCCUGCUGAGUUACUUUCUCUUGUGGAGAUUUUUUUUUUUUUUUUAAUCUCCAAAGUUGUAUAAAAGUUGUACUGUAUUUUAGUUUACUGGAUUAGCAAAACACAGUAUUGAAGAAAGCCAAUAACAAAGCUAUCCUAUGCCUUCAAAUAGUAUAGAAAAUGGAAAAUAUACAAGUAAAUUCUGUUGAA